CGACUAAAAAUGUCAAUCACAAAAAGGAGUUCCAAUAAUCUAAAGCAAUCUGUAAGGACCUGACCUUAGUCCAUUCAGAUCAAUAGGGAAGUAAGGGAGGAAAGCGCAAUCGGAUCGUUUACACUGGCUCUUUCGGAGGAAAUAUAGACUUCCCUGACACUUUGUACUCACUGUAAAGUGGAUAUCGUGGUGCGCACCAAGAGGGCGAUUCGCCGCUUUUUGUGACUCCAGCAGACUUUCUCCACAACAAUGUCUUUCCCACAGCUGGGAUAUCAGUACAUCCGACCCAUAUACCCGCAGGACAGGCAGGGUUUAGGCAGUGUCCGAGCCGGGACAGACCUGAGCCCGUCCGGAGCGCUCUCUAAUGUUCUCUCCACUAUGUACGGAUCACCUUUCGCUGCCGCACAAAGCUAUGGAGCUUUUCUUCCUUAUUCAAAUGAUCUGUCCAUUUUCAACCAGCUGGGGGCACAGUAUGAACUGAAGGACAGUCCGGGCGUCCAGCAUCCUGGAUUUGCCCACCAUCAUCCUGCUUUUUACCCAUAUGGUCAGUACCAGUUCGGAGACCCUUCCAGACCCAAAAAUGCCACCAGGGAGAGCACCAGCACACUCAAGGCCUGGUUAAGUGAGCACCGGAAAAACCCGUACCCUACUAAAGGCGAGAAGAUCAUGCUGGCCAUUAUCACUAAAAUGACCCUCACUCAAGUGUCCACCUGGUUCGCCAACGCCAGGAGGAGGCUAAAGAAGGAGAACAAGAUGACCUGGGCCCCACGGAGUCGCACAGACGAAGAAGGAAAUGUUUACAACAGCGAUCACGAGGGAGAGGACGGCGACAAACGCGAGGAUGAGGAGGAAAUCGAUUUGGAAAAUAUUGACACGGAGAAUAUUGAGAAUAAGGACGAUUUAGACGAGCAGGACGAACUGCAUUCUGACUUGAAACUGGACGGCAGGAGCGAUUCUGAAAUUUCAGACGGCUAUGAGGAUUUACAAGGACCGGAGCAAAGGUUGUUCAAAGCGAUGGUGAAAGACGGUAAAGAGAUUCAUGGCGACCGCGCAGAGCACUUUCACCAUCACAAUCAUCAUCAUCACCACCACCACCACAACAGCUUAGAGCAGGCCAGCAGCGAGUCGGCCAAAAUCAACCAGGCCAUCAUCAAUUCUCCGCCCUCAGAAAACAACCCACCUCCAGCUCCAAAACCUAAGAUCUGGUCUUUGGCAGAGACUGCCACAACUCCAGACAAUCCUCGAAAAUCUCCUCUGAUGAACGGGACUUCCGCUGCGUCCGCCGCUCAGACCAUCAUCACUCCUCACAGACUCCUUUCGUGUCCCGUAGGGAAAAUCCAGAGCUGGACAAAUCGGGGUUUCACCGCACACCAGCUAGCCUUGCUGAACUCAAACCACUAUUUAGGACUCAGUAACCAGGCUUCGGCGAAUGGCCUUGCCCUGUACAGCAGACAAGCAGAGGACAGGAGUCAAAACUCCGAGUCCACAGUCAAAGGUACAUGUCACCCACACUGAGAAGCGCAGAGACGUGCAAUUCAUGCUUUUUAUUGACACUAUUAAGACUGUACUGACAGACUGGAAACGCACCAUUCUUAUUCCCUUCUGAAUCCAUUUUCAUUUGAUCACUACUGUGAAACAUUCAAGUAAAAAGAAUUACGCUUGAAACGCAAAUGUCUAGUGGAGGGUACUUAUUAUUGUUCGUCUUUUUUUCUUCUUCAAAUACUCAAAAGUCUGUCCAAUUGAGUAUAUGGGAAAAGGCUUUCAGUUGCCUUUUAAAAGAUGUGUUAGUGUGUGCGAAGUUUGAUAUUUCUAGGCCGCAGUUUUUUCCCCCCCUCAACAACUGGCUGUAAGAUCUUUUUAAAUAGACUCUGUUUUUUAAUAAUAAUAAUAAUAAUAAUAAUAAAUUGGCAUUUUUUAUUUUCUUGUUGUUACUGGUUUUAUUAUUUCAGAAAGAUCUAGUGCCUUGGAAGGAGAGAGAAAGUUGUUAAAAGAGCGGAGAUCUUACAUUGCCUGUCCAUGACUUUAAUUUAGCUGUAUUUUUUUUUUUUUUUUUAACUGUUACUUGUUAAUUUUUACAUUUGAAUAUCACAAAAUGAUCAUGCAUGACUGUCUAGUCACGCACUCGGGUACUUGGUAUACCGUGGUUUAAACAUGAUUUAUAUGUUGUGCUUGUGCAAUAAUAAACCCAUAAUGUCAAACCAAUAAAUCUCCAGUGCGUCGAUGCGAUAUUUCAGAAUGAUGAUUUCAAAACUUUGUUCUCUACUUGCUUGCAGAUUUAGUUUUGUAUUGGCCCCGUGUUUUUCAUGCUUCCCUUCUAUAUGCAAUAGGUCCCAGAACCAACUCGAAGCUGCCAUGGUAUUAUCCGCCCUCUCUUCCUCGUUUCUCUCUUUUACUUUUCAUUUUAACCUGUGUAAGGAAUGUAAAAUAAAAAUAACUCACUUCUGUAUACUUACAUUGUAAGCAUGUCCUGUGUACAAUGGCUGAUGUUAAUGCUGUCAGGCCAAUAGUCUGUGAGUCCCAUUUUCUUUUGUAAGCUCUGUGAGGAUUUGAUGUUGAAAUGUUUUGUAUAUAACGUAAAGAAAAUGUAUAUACUUGUGAUCCGAAAUUGUACAAGAAAGUCUAUAUUUUGGCUAAUAAAUGAAACGCUGCAA